AUGAAACCGUUCCGAGCUCGGAAACGAUUCUUCUUCCUUAUUUUAGCUGCUUGUCUCACUCUUCUCUGGCGUUUCAGUAUCCGACCUCAUCUCAUAACUCCUUCGAUAGAGCAGGACCAAUCGACUCUACCAUUGAUAACUUUGAUAGUGGUUUUCAAAGGAGUAAACUUACCGCCCACUCUACCUUAUUUUUUCGAUAGUUUGAGAUACCAAAAUCGCGUGGAGUUGGUGUUUGUUCAACGGGAUGGAUGUUCGGAUUUGAAGAAAUUAGGAGCUCCAAGUAAUCUCAAACAUGUUUGUUUAUCAGAGAAAGCAUUUUGGUUGACUCAUGUUGAUUAUUUCUGCCGACAUUGGGGAGGAUGCACUCAUCAUCGGCGUAAGACGAUGUUGGAAGAUAUGAGAUAUCUAGGAUCCAUGCCGAUGCCCCAAGCUGUAUAUCCUAUCUUGAGAGGAUGGGUAUUCCAAAAGUAUAUAUCCCCUUCCACCGUCUGGUGGGGAUUCUGUGACGUUGAUAUCUUUUUAGGAGAUUUCGCUCGAACAUUCCCAUAUGAUCUAUCAGAAGAAUACGAGAUUCUAAUACCUACCGAUCAACUCGGUCCUGGACCUCAAUUGAUCUUCAUGAGAGGUCAUAUGACAUUUUUGAAGAAUUCGAAAGAAGUGGAAGGGAAGAUGAUGGAAUAUGGGUAUUUUAAGAGUUAUGAGAAAUGGAAUGAUAUGGGAAAACCAGAUAGUUGUAAUGAAGAAUCUGAAUAUUCUCAUUUCGUACUUUCUCAUCCUACACUCAACGUCUUAUCUUUCGAAGCUAUGGCAAGACAUCAACCCGUCAAAUUAUUUUCUCCCUCUGGUGUAUACACAUUACCACCUUCAUAUCGACCUUCUCAUGGAAUACCUCCUACUCUCCCGAGAGAACUCUUAGUCUCAAUGUUUACUCCAUCUACCACUUCUCCUUUCAUUGAUCUGGACGGAUCUUCUUCAUCCUUCCAAUCGGAAGAUUCCUUCUCAUCCCUCGAAUCGGACAUAUCGGACUCGACCUCUCUUUCUGACACAUCACAAGACAUUGGAAGAGAGUUUCCAAGGUCAACCAAGAAGGGAAUCAAUGGUUUACAUCAAUUCACAUCGUUAGGUGUAGAAAGAAAAGUGGAUUUGAUACAAAGUACAAAACCACCAAAUAGAGGGAUAUGGUUCACUGAGAAAAACGUUAAUUGGUAUACUUCUUCUUCUGACAAAGGUCGUUGGAGGAGGUAUUUCAUCAAGAGGGGUUUAGAAUAUUCCGAGAGAUUAGAGCCGAUACAGAUCAUAUAUAAACAUGGAGGAAGAGGGAUGGAAGGAAUGGAAGAAUGGUUAUAUGUUCAUUGGCAAGAAGAUAAGAGAAAGGUUGGUAGUUUCUUUUCCUCCUAUACGUCCAACUCGUUUCUUGCGUUUUGUCUCCUUCUUGCUACUUUUCUGAGAAAAUACAAUUUGUACGCACGAGUAUGGAGUAUGGAAGUAGAGAAGAUACAAGUUGAACAAAGAUAG